UUCGACCAGGUGUGAAAUAGCUCAACUUGGCCAUAACCAAAACUUCGCAUCGUCGGCUCCAUGAGCUAGUCUUCCACGAUGAUGAUGUCGUCGGUAGCUCUUCUAACCCUGGUCUUCCGUCGGCGGUGAAGCCGAGCUGGGAGUUGGGUCACGAUGAGGAGUGCGCACGUACGUAUAUAGCCAUUAAAUGUCCUCCCGCACGCGCGGGUGUUGAGUUACACCUCGUGUCACUCCCGUCGCAACCUCAAUCCCAACCCGACAAGAUGUCUACUGCGCGCCGCGCCGCGCUAUCCCUGGUCCUGCUCUCCCAGCAGGUCCUCGCCGGCCUGUACAACGAGAGCACCGUAAACCACACCUGCGCCUUGUCACCCCCAGUGCUGUCCUGCUCCUCGGGCGCCGUGCCAGGCCUUGUCGACACCUGCUGCACCGAAACCUACGGCGGACUCCUCAUAUCCACCCAAAUCUGGGACACCUACACGGGCCUCGAGACCUCGGGCCAAGUCCUACCCAAGGACACCUGGACUCUGCACGGCCUCUGGCCCGACUUCUGCAACGGCUCGUACACGCAAUACUGUGAUCUCUCACGGCAAUACGACCCACUCCCCUCACCCAACACCACGACGGGCACCCCGGCCGGCGAGCCCGUUCUUCCCUAUACCGGGCCCGGGAUCGGCACGUUCCUGGAGCCCUUCGCCAAGUGGGAUUUACUGGCGUACAUGAACAAGUACUGGGUAGCGCAAAACCAGCCGAACCAAGAUUUCUGGGCCCACGAGUUCAGCAAGCACGCCACGUGCUACAGCACCUUCGACGUCGAGUGUUACGGCCCGCAGUACGUCGAGCACGAGGAGGUGGUGGAUUUCUUCGAGACGGCGCUGCUGUUCUACAACGAGCUGCCGACGUGGAAAUGGCUUUCGGCCGCGGGCAUUGAGCCGAUUAAUUCGACCUCCUCGAAGACGAAGAGCUACAAAAACUCAAAUUCUUCUUCGCUGAGCUUGAGCCAGGUGCAGGACGCGCUGAUCAAGGGGUUCGGCAAGAUUCCGUAUAUAGCAUGCGCCGGGCCCAGGUACAAUGCUACCGAGGCUGGGGCUGGGAGCAGUGAUGAUGGAUAUACAGUGUUGACUGAAGUCUGGUAUUAUUACCACGUCUUGGGGAAGCCGCAGCGGGGCCAGGGGGUCACGGUCGAUGCGAAUAGUACUGGAGGCAGCGUGUCCAACUGCGCAAACACGCCAGGGGCUUUGAAGUACUAUGAGAGGACCCCAGGCUCGGAAGCAUAAAGAUGACAAGUUAUAGGUGUGUGUUGGGGGGGGCUUGUUAGUCCGGAAUGGUCCAGUUCGUGUAAACACUCAGAUAAGUCAAGAAUGAAAGCCGUGCCGUUAUGCCAUGGAUC